AUGUCGUCUCCGAUUCUUCGCCUGCCGGAAGAGCUGCUGGACUUGAUCAGCGGUUUCGUCGUCGAGCUGGAGGGAGAUGGCGUCGUCACGACCCUCGCGCUUUUCUCAACUUGUCGCCGACUCCUGCCCAGUGCUCGCCGCGCACUUUGGUCCGACCCAACACGGAGCCAGCGCCUGAGAAACUGGCAUCAAGCUCUGCACUUCCAGAACACCCUGCUCAAAAAACCGGGACUGGGCCGGCUAAUCGUGCGACUCGACUGGCUCGUCGACGUCCAGUCCGCUUUCUAUCGGCAAAAAGUCGAGGAGUUAUUGAUCGAGAACUGGACCCGGCAUCUCCUCUCGACAUGCCCCGGUCUCCGUUCGUUGGCGGUGUUCCCCUGCGUCGACUCCAAGUGGCCGGCGGAGCUUGCCUCGCUGCCGUCGCUCCGGCAUCUCACCGUCGCAGCGCGAAGCGUUGUUCCCUGGGUUGGUGAGGAUUGGAUCAAUCACCUUGACUUCCUGGGCACUCUCGACGUGUCCCGUCUGGUCUCCUUGACCUUGCGCGAUUUGUAUCUCGAGGAGCCCGACCCUAGCCCCGAGAUUGUUCUGCCGCCUCUUGCCCUUUGCCUCGAAGAGAUCGACUUGUUGCCGGAGGCGACGUGGCGUCUCCUGCCGCUGUCCUUGCGCAACGUUCGUCGGCUGACGGUCAGGCCGAGGAAUUCUACCGGCCUCGACUUCGUAACCAGCCUCAUCCCGCCGGAGCUCGAAUCUCUCGUCAUCGAGCCGCUGUUCAGCAUCGACACCAUGAGUGACAGCGUAGCCGACCAUGACGAGGAAGACAUGGACCACCUUUCCUUCCCCUUCACUGAACUCCGAGAACUUCGUUACCUUCGCCACCUCGUUCUUCGCUCCAUCCUGAUCGAUUUCGACGACUUUCAGCUCCUGACCAAAGCAGCGCCCAACCUCGAGUAUCUUGAUCUGAAGAAUAGCAGGUGGGAUGACUACUGGUGGGACCGCCCGCCCAACAAGGCCAACAUGAUUCUGUCGAACUCGCUCGACGGGCUGCCUUGUUUGCGGUUCCUCGACCUUGGCUUCCUUCCCGUCGCCAACUACCGCUCCCCGAUGCGACCUUUGACCGAGUACUGCGCCGAGCGCGGUAUCGAAUGUCAGUGGAGACCGCUCGCAGGACCGCUGCCGGGCCACGAAGAAGCGGGGAAUCCUGGCGAGAUCAUCGACCCAGGUCCGCUCGACAAGCAGGAUGAAGUCGGCGCCGAUCUUCGGCAUCCUCGCGCCAUCCUCCAGCGAGAACCGCAGCUCGGCGACGUCGACCCGUCGGACGCACUCGUUGAGGAUCCGUUCGGCUGGGCGCCUUCUUCGCGCGAAACGACACCAUUCGACGAGGUCCUAUCCAAGAGCUUCCUCGAGAACGUAUCUAACUUGUCCGACGCCGACUCGUCGUCGACACCCUCUCCACCUUCUUCGCCCGACUACCUUCCCGCUCCUCUCGACGAUCCUCGCCUCGCAUCCGAUUACGAAGCGCGCGAUACGGUCGACGAGCCGGACGAGGAGCCGUGGUGGGACUGGCGCAGACCUUGCGACUUUGAGGCGGCCGACAAGGCGUGGAUGGAGCUGGAGAAGGACGUCGAGGCUGGGACGUUUCCCUUCCCGUAG